CAUUUUCGCUCUCUUUUUCUCUGGAACCAAUCAGUACAUUAGCUUUAGGCAUUAAUUAGCAGCAUUCUCUUGUGUCGCUUUUUACCUCAGAAAAAGUAAUUAAAAAAAAAAAAAGAAAGAAAAAGUUUCCCUGGGUUCAUUUUAAGAAAAUAAACUCCACCCUUCAUUAUCCAUGAACUCACGUUCUCUUUUCUCUCCGUUUUUCAGUUACCAACCGUUUGUCUUUCUCUCUUCCUUUGUUUUUUUCCUUUGGAAGCUUCACAGAUCUGAUUUACUUCGUAAAAGAACAAACCUCCAUGAUAUUCAUUGAUUUACGAGUUUUUCAGCUGUUUGGCUAGAGCUUUUAACUGAUUUUUGGAUCGGAAAUGGAGAUGAGAAUGAAGAAAUACAGCCAGGUGAGUCCUGAGAGAGCUAAAGUUUGGACCGAGAAAUCUCCCAAGUAUCAUCAGCAUAACCGGAGAGUUCCGGUUGUUUAUUAUCUCUGUAGAAAUCGCCAGCUUGAACAUCCUCAUUUCAUCGAAGUCCCUCUCUCUUCUCCUGAUGGUCUCUAUUUGAAAGAUGUAAUUGAGCGGCUUAAUAUUCUUAGAGGCAGAGGAAUGGCUUCCUCGUAUUCUUGGUCUUGCAAGAGAAGCUAUAGGAAUGGAUUUGUUUGGCAUGAUCUUUCUGAAGAUGAUUUAAUUCUUCCCGCCCAUGCAAAUGAAUACGUUCUCAAAGGCUCCGAAUUAUUUGAAGAAUCCUCUCCAGAUCGUUUUAGUCCUGUUGGGACUAGCAUUAGAUUUCAAAAUCUGAAGCAGUUACCUGAACCACCAUCUUCCUCUAGAAGUCAAGAUGAUUCUUCUCAAUCUUCCAGUUUAAAUGGAAAUAGAACAAAGCAUUCUCAGGAUGAUGAACUCUCUUCUCCAGCUAAUCGUCCGACUCCUGGCUCCUCUGGUGAGUCACCGGAGUCACUUAGUUUGACAGAGUAUAAGGUUUAUAACGGUGAAGGGUUGGCAGAUGCUUCGACACAGACCGAAGAAAACAGAAGCCGACUGAAGACACGGGAAACUUGUACAAGGGGCGUUUCAACAGAUGAUGGGUCACUAGAACCGGAAUGCAAUGCUAAUUUCCAAAACCAAGUCCCUAAUGUGAAAGAUUGUUCUGAGAUAUGCAGGAAUUCAGGUUCUCCUCCGUCCACGUCUAGUGCAUCAUCUUCAGGAGGGAAAACUGAAACCUUGGAAUCUCUGAUUCGCGCUGAUGCAAGUAAAAUCAACAGUUUUAGGAUUCUUGAAGAGGAAGAAAUUCGAACACCAACCAAUCCGAGGCUCAAGGCAACAAACAUGUUGAUGCAAUUGAUCUCGUGUGGAUCAAUAUCUGUGAAAGGCCAUAGUUUUGGCCUUGUUCCAUCCUACAAGCCUAGGUUUUCACAUUCAAAGAAUUCAGUGCCAUUGUUCUCUACUUCAAUCAUGCUGGGUGAGCUUGAUUGCUUAUCAGAGAAUCCAAAACUGAUUAGCCUGAGAUUGGAAGACAAAGAAUGUUUCAGUGGUAGCUUGAUUGAGACAAAAAUGCUCAAAGAAGGACAUGGACAUACCACUCUGAAACGUUCUUCUUCUUAUAGUGCUGAUAGGACUUGUAAGGAGCUGGCUUCAACUGAAGAGAAAGAAGAGUUGAAUUCAGGACGUACAAAAUGCAUCCUCCGCUCUGUUAAGGCUUCACUAAGCAAACAACCAAGAAGUGAGUCUAUGAGAUCCCCUGUUUCUGAAAACCCAAGAAACUCCUCUGAUGGGAUCAAUAACUUGGGCUUUGUAUUGAGUAGCAUAUCCAAUGGUGAUAGUAGAAGAACCACAGAGUCUAUUUGUAGUAAAAAGCAAUCAAAAACAUUGGAUUCAUUAAGAGAAGACGAGAAGUUGAUCAAAAUUGAAGAAAGUUGAGUGUAAACUCCUGCAUUAGCACUUUCAAGAUAGAUGGAAAAAAUUAUUGUUGCUUAUGAUAUAAUAUUGUUUCAUGUUCAUUGACGAAUUGAUGUGGUUUCCCUCUUCAGGCUUGCUUCAGGAGCUCGGGUUAUAAUCCAAUCCAAGGCACCUUGUGAUACCAUUGUGAGUUGCUCCUAGUUCUAGGGAAGCAUGUUAAAGGUAAGCUCAGGCAAAUGGAUACCUUCUCGGAUUCUUUUGGGAAAGUUUGUUCAAUGUAAAACUUCGUGUUUUUCAAAUCUGAUUUGAAUUUCAAAUGAAUGUUUGGAUCUACUGGCGGGUCCAAAGUGAUGAUUAUGUAAAUCUGGAAAGCUAAAAAGGGGAACAAAAAGAGAAAGAUAGAUAUCACAUUCACUCCUCCUGAUGCUUGGAGUUGAGCAUUUUUGGUUUCAGCUUUCUUAUACAUUGACAUUCUGCUUUUCAUGUAAACUACAGUUGCAAUAUCAUCCUUUUUUGCUUUCUUUUUUAUUUUGUACCCCUAAAACAGUUUCAUGCUUCCUUGAAAAACAAGUCAUCUACAAUUGGCAAUGUUAGCUAGGAUUAGUAGGGCUAACUUAACUUUUUUAAUUACUGUAUUAGUUUCAAAAUUUUUAUAAUAUGAAUAUGAGAUAGAGAUAUGGUAAAAA